CCCCCACCGUCUCUUGAAUCACUCGGGCACUUCCGAUUUUGUCUCCCCCAUUAAGAUUCCCUUCGUCCAAUUUCUUUUAACGAGUCACCCGCCUCCCCCCCACCUCCUCUGCAUCAUCACCAUCAUCAUCUUUCUCUCUCUCUCUCUCUCUCCCUCUCCCUCUUUCUCUCUAUGUGUGUGUGCAAAGAUAUGAACAGCAAUAUCUUUCCGAAUCAGGGAGAGUUUCCACUCUUGGCGAUGGAAAAGAAGAAAAAAAAGAAAAUGAUGAGUACCAACAGCUAUUUCUUAAGUGGUUUUCUGGUUCUGCAAUUUUUUCUGCUUCAAAUGCUCGCUACCCCUGUUUCCGGCCAGUCUUACGAUGGAAUAGUCGUUACCCAGUCUGAUUUUCAGGCUCUGCAAGCGUUCAAGCAUGCUUUCGAUGAUCCUAAAGGUGUUCUCCGCAGCUGGAACGAUUCGGGAGCAAGUGCUUGCUCCGGUGGAUGGGUUGGGAUCAAAUGCGUCCGCGGACAGGUGAUCUCAAUCCAGCUGCCAUGGAAAGGCCUAGGCGGUCGGAUCAGCGAGAAGAUUGGGCAGCUUUCGGCUUUGCGGAAGCUGAGCCUCCACGACAAUCUCAUUCAGGGCUUUGUUCCCACCUCUCUGGGGUGGCUCCGGGACCUCCGUGGCGUUUAUCUCUUCAAUAACCGGCUUUCUGGACAGAUACCUCCCUCUAUCGUCCAGUGCAGCAUCCUUCAGGCUCUGGAUCUUAGCAAUAAUGCUCUUACUGGAGUCAUACCCACGGGAUUUGGGAACUCUUCCAAACUCUAUAGGCUCAAUCUCAGUUUUAACUCUCUCUCUGGUCCUAUUCCCGCCGAUUUAUCCCGCAUCCCCUCCCUCACUUUCAUUGCUCUUCAACAUAACAAUCUCUCCGGUUCUAUUCCUGAUAACUGGGGAAGCAGUAACAGCAAAAAGGGAGCUGCAGAGAGGAACUACUACCAACUCCAGAUUUUGAACCUGGAUUACAAUUCAUUCUCCGGACCCUUUCCGGCUUCGAUCAGCCGAAUGGGCAGGCUUGAAGAGAUCACUCUGAGUCACAACCAAAUUAAUGGAAGCAUUCCUGCAGAACUAGGGGAGCUGCCGAGGUUGCAGACCCUCGACAUUUCAUACAACAACAUCAACGGAAGCUUUCCGCAGAGCUUAAGCAACCUCUCAUCUCUGGCUCGAUUGAAUAUUGCGAACAACCGCAUCCAAGGCAACCUGCCAGACACCAUGAAUGGCCUGAAAAACCUAAAGACUUUAGUGCUCAGAAGAAACCAUUUAAGCGGGUCUAUUCCAGAAACGCUGGGCAACAUUUCAGGGCUGUUGCAGCUUGAUUUAGCUGAGAACAGCUUCAAUGGAAGCAUCCCUGCAUCGAUUGGUGAGCUGUCCGACCUAAAUGCACUAAAUGUUUCUUACAAUAACCUCUCAGGUGCUGUUCCCACUCAACUCUGGAUGAGAUUCAACUCGAGCUCGUUCGUGGGCAAUUUGCAGCUCUGUGGCUACAGUAGCUCAGUCCCCUGUCCUUCUCCUCCUCCUCCUCCCCCUGCUUCAAAUGUCACAGAACCGUCCUCUUUUCCUUCUUCUCAACGUCAAAAGUUGAGUAAGAAAGACAUUAUCCUUAUAGCCGCGGGGGUACUCUUAGCUAUUCUCCUAUUAUUGUGCUGCAUUUUGCUCUGCUGUUUGAUGUUGAAGAAAACCACUACCAGUGGAAAGGGCGGCGAGGCUGCUCCGAGGAAGGAAAAGGCUGUCCCAACAGCAGCUGCUGACAUCGAAGGUGGUGGCGAGGCUGGUGGGAAGCUGGUGCACUUUGAUGGCCCAUUCGUUUUCACUGCAGACGAUCUCUUGUGUGCAACUGCUGAGGUGAUGGGGAAGAGCACAUAUGGAACAGUAUAUAAAGCUACCCUUGAGGAUGGAAACCAGGUUGCAGUUAAACGACUUCGUGAAAAGAUUGCCAAGAACCAGAGGGAGUUCGAGACAGAGGUGAAUAUGCUCGGCAAGAUCCGACACCCCAACCUCUUGGCACUCCGGGCCUACUACCUGGGUCCCAAGGGAGAGAAACUUCUUGUCUUUGAUUUCAUGCCCAGAGGAAGUCUAGCUGCUUUUCUCCAUGCUAGAGGACCAGAGACCCCCAUAAACUGGAGAACCAGGAUGAACAUAGCAAUUGGCGCUGCUCGUGGGCUUUCUUAUCUGCACAACCAGGAGAACAUAGUUCACGGCAACCUUACAUCUGGCAACAUCUUGCUAGAUGAACAAAUUAAUGCAAAGAUUGCAGACUUUGGGCUAUCCAGGUUGAUGACAGCAGCUGCAAAUUCAAAUGUGGUGGCAACUGCCGGUGCUUUAGGCUACCGAGCACCUGAGCUGUCGAAGCUAAAGAAAGCAAGCACAAAGACUGAUAUUUACAGUCUCGGAGUGAUCCUCUUAGAACUUUUGACAGGAAAAGCACCAGGAGAGUCAAUGAAUGGUGUGGACUUGCCACAAUGGGUGGCUUCCAUUGUCAAAGAGGAAUGGACGAAUGAGGUGUUCGAUCUUGAGUUGAUGAGAGAUGAUGCAGCAACCACUGGUGAUGAACUGUUGAACACCCUGAAGCUAGCUCUGCAUUGUGUUGAUCCAUCUCCAACUUCCAGGCCAGAUAUACAGCAAGUGUUGCAGCAGUUGGAAGAGAUCAAACCUGAACUGGCCAUGGCUCCAGCUGCCCCAUCCACGACUACUGUUCCUGCAGCUGGCACAACUACAGAUUCUUAAGGAAUUAGUUGGACAUGAAUUUAAGCUUAGCUAGUACUACUAGGUUAUUCUUUCAUUCUUGUUGUUGUAGCCUCUUUAAAGUUUUGGGUAUAUGUAAAUAAGCCCCCUUUAUAGGCUUUAAUGCUCGGUACUGUUAGCUGCAGUUUGAAAAUUUCAACUGGACGUAGAACCAAUAGAUGAUUGGUUAGUAGUUCAUUAUUCUUUCAUUCUUGUUGUUCUUAUCUACUAUUGAAGUAGCUUAUUUAGA